AGUGUGCCCAAAAGCACUCGCAGCGAACGUUGUUGAGGAUAUUUGAAGAUGACCGACGUACUCAGCAAUGCACACAAUUCCGACAAAGUGUCCGCAUUAGUUAAGGAAGCGGAAAGCCUCAAAUCAAAGCUGGAGGAAGAGCGCCAAAAGCUAAACGAUGUUGCCCUUUCAUCAGUGGCCGAUCGCUUGGAAAUGAUCAGCUAUUUAAACAUCAAACCCCGCCGUGUUCUCAAAGGCCACCAGGCUAAAGUGCUGUGUUCAGACUGGUCACCGGAUAAACGUCACAUAGUGUCCUCCUCGCAGGAUGGGAAACUGAUAAUAUGGGAUGCAUUUACAACCAACAAGGAACAUGCCAUUACAAUGCCAACCACCUGGGUAAUGGGGUGCUCGUAUGCUCCGUCCGGCAAUCUCGUGGCGUGCGGUGGCUUGGAUAAUAAGGUGACAGUGUACCCUAUUACACUCGAGGAGGACAUCUCUUCACGGAAGAAGACUGUCGGCACGCACACCAGCUACAUGUCGUGUUGCAUUUUUCCAAAUUCUGAUCAGCAAAUACUGACCGGCAGUGGGGAUUCGACUUGCGCCCUAUGGGACGUUGAGUCGGGUCAGUUGCUGCAAAGCUUCCAUGGCCACACGGGCGAUGUGAUGUCGAUCGAUCUAGCGCCGAACGAAACAGGCAAUACUUUCGUUUCCGGAAGCUGCGAUAAAAUGGCAUUCAUCUGGGACAUGCGCUCGGGUCAUGUUGUGCAAUCGUUCGAAGGUCACCAGUCGGAUGUGAACAGUGUAAAGUUUCAUCCUAGCGGUGACGCAAUCAGUACCGGAUCGGACGAUAGCACGUGUCGUUUGUUUGAUAUGCGGGCAGACAAGGAGGUAGCCGUGUUCAGUAAAGAUAGUAUCAUAUUCGGAGUGAAUUCGGUGGAUUUUUCCGUCAGCGGACGCUUGCUGUUUGCGGGAUACAAUGACUAUACUGUGAAUGUAUGGGACACGCUCAAGGCACAGCGAGUCUGUCUGCUGUACGGGCACGAAAAUAAAGUGUCCUGUCUUCAGGUGUCUCCGGAUGGCACGGCGUUAUCAACCGGCAGCUGGGACUAUACGCUAAGGGUAAGAGCUAGAGGAGCACGCCAAUAA